CCCCUCCCCCUUCCUUACACAUUUACACACAAGCAAUGGGAGUUAAAAAGACCACCAUCACUCCCGGAGACGGAAUCAACUUCCCCAAGCCAGGACAGACCGUCGUUAUUCACUAUAUUGGAACUCUUGAGAGCGGUAGAAAGUUCGAUUCUUCUAGAGACCGUGGUGAGCCUUUUGUCACUCAGAUCGGCGUCGGUCAGGUCAUCAAGGGCUGGGAGAAAGGUGUCCCUUUGAUGUCUGUUGGCGAACGGGCGAUUCUCCACAUCACGUACGACUUUGCUUAUGGAGCCCGUGGCAUUCCACCCAUCAUCCCAGGUCUCUCGAACCUUAUCUUUGAUGUCGAACUCUUGGAGAUCCGGGACUAAAACAGGAGCAGGAAAAGAACCAAUGUCGGCAGCAUUAGAAAACAUUCAACGAAACUAUACAAUUAAAGGCGCCAUUCAAUCACACCCGCCUGUGAUCCAACUGCAAUGGAAGGGUAUGUCGAAAAAGGACUCUGCCAACAAACAACAAUAAUUUGGUCCGCAUGGACCGUUCUGUUUCAUUUUCGUGGUGCAUCGCACUGUGUAUGCAUGCAGCAGUUACAAUGAACUGCACAAUUGCUUGGUUGUGGAUUUCACUCCCUCUUGGUUUGAUGUGCUUAUGAUGAUGACAACUUUCAUUGCAUUUCAGGUUCCUCAGGUUGUGAGCUGUGUAGCAAAACCGACUAGUUUUCUGGGUGAUGCAGAUUGCAGAUGCAGUCGCAUCGCGUCUCCCUAAUCCAUGGGAUUAAAUAUAGCAGGCACUUGGUGUCCGCUUUCUUCUCCAUUGUAUUAAGCCUAGAUAAAAAAGAAAAAUAAAGGGAACGGAUUAUUCGGGUG